AUGGGAAAAGCUCAAGCUCACAUCUAUCUCAAGCCAGCAAAUGAGGUACUCCACAAAGCGCUGAGAGUAAACAAUGCCAUUACAACUACUUCGCCCAAGCAUUCUAUUCAAGGUGCACAGCCCAUGCUGCGGGUUCUCCUGAACAAGUUUCCGUCUUUUAUAGGACAUGCAGGAAGCAGGAUCAGUCGUAGAUAUAAUGAGGACACUUAUUCGAUCAAUUUACUAAAGUUGCCGGCAACGGGUGCGGAGAUGAACUGUUUAAAGAAUAAGAAUAUUGAUAACAAAGAAGAGGUUUGGCACAACGAAUUGCCAUUGAAAAAGAACAUUUUGAACUUAUCGGUAUUUGAUGGACAUGGUGGUGAUCGUGUAUCCAAGCUGCUGGCCAGCGAACUUCACAAUCGGAUUAUCGAUACGUACCCAUCUAAAGCUGCUUUCUUCGCAUUAUUAAAGCAAUAUAAGGACAACGUAGGCGGCGAAUAUUGGGAUCGCAUAUACGAGAAGCGCGAUACUUAUUACAAGAAAUUCAUUGCUAGUUGUAACACUAAGGAAGAACAGGUUUUGUUCAAGUCAGGCAAAGCAUCAGAAUCGGGACCUAGAAUGAUUUUUGAUAAAUGGGGCAAUAUUAUCGAUAAAACUAGUUUGCUUAACGAGAAUGAGAGACUGAGACUCUUCAUGUCUUUUCUCAAACUGGAUUUCACAGAAUGCUGCGGAUAUGAGCAAGAACCAUCAAUGAGCGAGAGAACCGAAGCCAAAUUUUCCAGUGGAUCCACUGCCUCAAGUGUCUUCAUCACGUCUUAUGACGAAGCGGAUUCCUUUGAUGAGUCUUUUUUUGUAAAUCCGCAAGGGCUUUUGAAGCUCGUUGUUACCCAAGUGGGAGACGCAAAAAUUAUAUUGUGCGACAAAAACGGUAUCGCGCAUAGCCUUACAAAAGUGCACCAUCCGACAUCAUUGCGGGAAUCGCGUCGCCUUGGUGGAAAUUUUCAGACUGAUUCCUUUGGUGACACGCGUUUUUUGAACAAUUUCUCCAACACAAGGUCCUUUGGCGACAGAGUCGGCAAGAAAGACGGACUGUCAGCCGAGCCAGAUAUUUAUUCCUAUUUGAUCGGUAGCUCUAUGUCGCUGCCACACUCAGAGAUCACCAAGCUGCAGUUUGGCGGUGACGAAUGUUUUAUUUGUCUUGUAACCGAUGGAGUGUCAGAUUUAUUAACGGAUCAGGAAAUUGUUGAUCUCAUCACUUCAACGGUGAACAACAGGGGCCUGAAAACGGCAUCACCGCAGUAUGUGGCAGAUGAAGUAAUCAAGUACAUUGCCGCAAUAGCCAACCGAGAUGCUGAUAAUUCUACAUGCCUGGUGCUUCGGCUUCCAAAUUGGGGCAACUGGCCCGUGAUAGACAGAACUGGACGGUCAAGGGAGGAAAAGCUAAUGAUGAGCUCUCAGGGAGGAAGUGAAAGGUUGAACGUUUAG